AUGUUGAAACUCUCCCCUAAUGACGCUGCCUUCCCCCCCGGGUCUCUCGUCCUUGUGACGGGUGCUACCGGCUUCAUAGCGACCCAUAUUAUUGACCAACUGCUUCUUGCUGGUUACCACGUCAGGGGUACAGUUCGUGAUGAGCAAAAAGCAGUAUGGACCACCAGCUUCUUUUCGGCUCGGUAUGGAGCUGGCAAAUAUUCAGCUGUCAUCGUACCGGAGAUGUCGACUAUAGGGGCGUUUGACGGAGCAGUCAAAGGUGUCCAAGGAGUUAUCCAUACCGCGUCGAACGUGUCCUUCAGCCCGGACCCCCAAGAAGUAAUUCCACCGACUGUAGCCGGUGUAAGAACUCUACUCCAGUCAGCAGCCAAGGAGCCGUCGGUCAAGAGUUUCGUGUACACUUCUAGCAGUGUGGCCGCUUCUGUCGCCAAUUCACCCUUGACCCUCGAUGCUUCAACCUGGAAUGAUGCCCAGAUCAAGGAGGCAUGGAGUGUUACGUUAAAACCGUUCCCUGUCGCGCACGCGAAUGCUGUAUACGGUGCCAGCAAAGCAGAGGCCGAGAGGGCCUUCUGGAAGUUUAUAAAGGAAGAGGGUCCUCAGUUCCGAGCCAACGCUAUCCUGCCUGACGCGACUUUUGGUGAGGUGUUGACCACGCAGGGGAGUUCGAGUACAGGCGGUUGGAUCAGGGAAGUUUAUGAGAAAGGUGUUGACUUUGUCAAGCAGUUGCCUCCAGCGUGGUAUGUGAAUGUGAAGGACGUCGGUCGUCUUCACGUCGCUGCACUGCUCUCCGAGUCUGUGAGAAAUGAGCGCAUCUUUGCCGCUGCCGCACCUUAUACGUGGAACCAAAUUCUGGCUAUCCUGCGCAAACUGUACCCAUCCAAGAAAAUUGCUGAUGAUAUCGAGGGUGUAAAUUCAAGUGUUAUGACGUUUCCGACUAAGCGAGGAGAGCAACUUCUACAAGAUAUCUUUGGGCUUAACGGCUGGGCUGGUUUUGAGCAAACAGUUAUUGAAAAUGCGAAGGACUUAGCUUAG